AUGGCGGCAGGACUCUCCACCGCCGCAAACUUAAAGCCCUACAAUCUCCUACAACCCCCAAUCCCUCUUCCUAAACCAAAACAAUCACUUUUCUUCAACCCCUUACCAUCUUUCCAUCAAAGCACAAUCCUUCGGGUUCGACCCCCGAGAAGAAUGAGUGGCUUCUCCGUUUCUGUCCUCACAGAGGAUCCCAAACGGAACGUCCAGAUCGAAACCUACGAAGAAGAAGAGGAAGAACAACAACAAGAAGUGAAUCCUCAAUUUGUGUCGGCACGAAUGGAAGAGAAAUUGGCCAGAAAGAGGUCUCAGAGGUUCACUUACCUCGUUGCGGCUGUUAUGUCUAGCUUUGGUGUCACCUCUAUGGCAGUCUUCGCCGUUUAUUAUAGAUUCUCUUGGCAAAUGGAGGGUGGAGAUUUUCCUUGGUCUGAAAUGUUAGGCACAUUUUCCCUCUCCGUGGGUGCUGCCGUGGCUAUGGAAUUUUGGGCAAGAUGGGCUCAUAGAGCACUUUGGCAUGCUUCCUUGUGGCACAUGCACGAGUCGCACCAUCGACCAAGAGAGGGACCAUUCGAGCUUAACGAUGUUUUUGCGAUAAUUAACGCUGUCCCUGCCAUCGCUCUUCUCUCAUACGGUUUUCUCCACAAGGGUCUGAUCCCUGGCCUCUGUUUCGGUGCAGGCCUUGGAAUCACAGUGUUUGGGAUGGCCUACAUGUUUGUCCACGAUGGAUUGGUUCACAAGAGAUUCCAUGUGGGCCCCAUUGCCAACGUGCCCUAUUUCAGAAGGGUUGCUGCUGCUCACCAACUCCACCAUACUGACAAAUUCAACGGUGUGCCAUAUGGGCUGUUUUUGGGACCAAAGGAGCUUGAAGAAGUGGGAGGGCUAGAGGAGCUAGAGAAAGAGAUAAGUAGGAGAAUAAGGUCUGGUUCAUGA